AUGGUUGAGGAAGACGAGUACGCCUGUGUCAACAGGGCACAAUUGAAAAUUAAAGAUAAUUCUGGCAUAAAGAAAAAGAAGAAGAAAAAAAGCAACAAGGAAACUGAAAAAGCCAUCGAAAAUGAAGUGAAACAACAAAUUAAGCAAACCGAAGAACAAAAGAGAACUAAAGCAGAGUUGGCAUUUAAGAAAAUGCAAGAGAAAAUGCAACGUCAAAGGAUUCAACAGAAAGCUGAAAUGACCCACAAGCAGCGUGUGGAAAGGUUCAAUCAACACUUGGACAGUCUCACUGAGCACUUUGAUAUUCCUAAAGUCUCUUGGACUAAAUAG